AUGGCCAUCUUCGUGCAUCGCUUCAUCUUGUAUUCUUCCUAUGAGUGUCUCUAUGUCCAACUUGCCCCUUUGUUAUUAGUCAGUCUUUAUGAGCAAAGGGAAGAGGGGAAGCCAAGUUUUGUCACUUUGGAAGUUCACUGGGUGAAGAGAUGCCUGCUGGCCCCAGGGUUUUCAGAGAGGCAAGAAAGAGAAUGGAACAGCUCAAAGAUACAGGCGGCACGGAAAGUGUUCACAUUAGAUGUUAUUCCAUUUUAUCAAUUUCAUUACAAAAUCGGACAGCUGUACAUGAUCAGCAAGCACAGCCACGAACAGAGCGACCGAGGAGAAGGGGUGGAGGUCGUCCAGAACGAGCCCUUCGAGGACCCUCACCAUGGGAACGGGCAGUUCACGGAGAAACGCGUGUAUCUCAACAGCAAACUGCCUAGUUGGGCUAGAGCUGUUGUUCCCAAGAUAUUUUAUGUUACAGAGAAGGCGUGGAACUAUUAUCCCUACACGAUUACAGAAUACACAUGUUCCUUUCUGCCAAAAUUCUCCAUUCAUAUAGAAACCAAGUAUGAGGACAACAAAGGAAGCAACAACAGCAUUUUUGACAAUGAAGCCAAAGAUCUGGAGAGAGAAGUCUGCUUUAUCGAUAUUGCCUGCGAUGAAAUUCCAGAACGUUACUACAAAGAAUCUGAGGAUCCUAAACACUUCAAGUCAGAGAAGACAGGACGGGGCCAGUUAAGGGAAGGCUGGAGAGAUAGUCAUCAGCCCAUCAUGUGUUCCUACAAGCUGGUGACUGUGAAGUUCGAGGUCUGGGGGCUUCAGACCAGAGUGGAACAAUUUGUACACAAGGUGGUCCGAGAUAUUCUUCUGAUUGGACAUAGACAGGCUUUUGCAUGGGUUGAUGAGUGGUAUGACAUGACAAUGGAUGAAGUCCGAGAAUUUGAACGAGCCACUCAGGAAGCCACCAACAAGAAAAUUGGCGUUUUCCCACCUGCCAUUUCUAUCUCCGGCAUUCCCCUGCUGCCUUCCUCAGUCCGCAGUGCCCCUUCCAGUGCCCCGUCCACUCCUCUCUCCACGGAUGCACCAGAAUUUCUGUCAGUUCCCAAAGAUCGGCCCCGGAAAAAGUCUGCCCCAGAAACUCUCACGCUUCCAGACCCUGAGAAAAAAGCCACCCUGAAUUUACCUGGCAUACACUCUUCAGAUAAGCCAUGUCAGCCCAAAUCAGAGUAACUUCCUAAGAAUAUUUCAUGGGGUUUUAUAUUUUCGGUUUGGGGUCUUGUUUUUUUUUGUUUGUUUGUUUUGUUUUUAAUAAUCUGAUACAGAAAAAGACUGCUUUGUCACUCAAACAUGUCCCUUUGAUCUCUUGAGUGUGCAUGUCGUUAAGUAAUUUCACCUAUGAUUCCUUAAGUAUGCCACACAGCGUCAUAUUAGAUGUAAAAUGUAAGACUUGUAAAGGACAGAAGGGAUCUUCUGUAGCCACAGCUGGAUGCCAGGGAGGAAGCCUUGUUUAUUGGGCAUUUGAUGAGGUUGGCAUGGACUUCAAGGGUAAAUAAGUGAAAACUUUGCACCACUGUGUUACAAGGUGUAGUGAAAUAGUGAAGUCAGUUUCCUCCCAUCAAACCUGAAAUUCUCAAAAAUAUUCUCAGGCGUAACAUACCUAAUUGUUAAAUUUUGAACUGCUCCUUACCAAUACUUGAAUACCAGUAGUUACUGAGUUUCCUAUUUGGGUUAGUCUGACUCAGGAUUUGGGGCCUAAUUAACUCUUUAAAUUUUUUGGAAAUUUUAAUUAUCAACGUGUAGAGGCUCCAAGUGCAAUUAACAAUAACUUAUUUAUACCUUUCACAGAAUUUAAUAAAGAUUCCACUUGUUUCUGUCUUUUAAUAACUUUCCCCUUCGUGCCCUUGUGGCCUCAGAAAUCUUUAAGAAUUACGUGGAUGAAUGUGACCAUAACUGUCUGAUUUGGGAUGGUUUGGUUUAGGAACCAAGAGGCCCAGGUGAGGCAAACGUCUUUUUUUUCUACAGGUACCAACGAACCUUGACCUAUCACCUUCCGUCAUCCUUUAAGAUUCUCAGAAUUUGCAAUUAAUUGAGUAGAAUUCAUUGACUCUUUGCCCAUUCAAAGAAGUUCAAGGGUAGAGUAAGCUACCUGGACUUUAACGCUGUCAGAGUUGUCUCCCAUCCCCUUCCUCAUUUUACUCUUAAUAACAUCCAGACCUCCCUGGAACGGAUUGCCCAUCACUGGACCUUAGAAAAGAUUGUCAUUCUCUUGCUCCUUACUUGAAAUCCAAAUAUUGGGAAUGUCACAAAAGUCGAGUGAAUACAGUCAAGUGGGAGGAGAAAAUGAGCAGAAUGGCUGACUCCUAUCUGUAGAGUAAAAAAGAAAAGUGAUAAAAGAUGCCCCUCUGUCUAGCUUUCUUUUCUGAGAGUAUUGGUAAUGCAAGAUUAGACUCGAGGUUGACGGGAGACAAGAUCACUCACCAAAGUGGCAGAAAGAGAACUCUCCUUUGAUCUAAAGAGAAGACUCUGCCACCUUCGCACCUCACUGCCUUUAAACACAGAAGGAAGAGCAAACAGAAUCUAGCAUUUCCUUUUGUCCUCCAAGAGAGGAAGAGAGCAAGGUAAUUGGGCAACUCCAGGGCCCCAGCUAGCCUUCCUGACCAUAACCUCCAACCUCAGGAAAGGGACCUUCCCCAAACACAGAUUCCAAAGGAAACAACAUAGACCAAGGAGCGUAUCCUCCUCCUCUUACACAGCCUCUCAGCCAGUGGACCCUGCCUGCUUCUCUCUCUCAGAGCCCAGCACUCUGCCUAGUGUCCUUCCAGUUGACAAACUCUCCCAAGGUGCAGGUGCUGGCCCCACGAGCCCAGCACCAAGUGUUCUAAGUCAUAUGUCAGAUUAUCAAGAUCAUUUCUUUAUCUAUAGGUUGACAUUUAGCUUAAUAAAUAAAUAAACCCAGAACUCAAAGGGAACCCGUUGCAAAUAGCUUAGAUCAACAGUGCAUCUCUUCCCUAAGAAUGAUAGCACCAUAGUAAGACACCGCCUUUGCAUGGUAUGGUAGCAUUAUUUUUGCUUGUGGGAAAACUCAAUCUUUUACCAAGACCUCUUGGACUUCUCAAUGGCUCUCUUUCGACACAGUAGCACUUAACAAGAAUGUUUCCCUAUGGAAGUAAAAUUCUCCUUUCAGAAGACA